AUGCUGCCUCUGGGAGUGCCAAUCAGUGUGCUGAGUGAUAGCUACAAGGCUACGCACUUUCUGCAGUACCCAAAGGCGCAUAAGAUGGUUGCGUAUGGUGAGUUUCGCCAGGGGUUCAAUAAAGACAAGGCAGACACGCGCAUGGUGUCAUACGGCAUCCGUUACCUGGUUGAGAAUUAUGUUGCGAAGCCCUGGACAAUGGAGGACGUCGAGAUGGCUGAGGCGUUCUACAGUCGAGAGGGCGACCUAACCUUACCAGCUGCGCCCCCUCAGACGCCCUUCUCCUCAGCCACACGUGAUUACCCGCCGCCACGUCCUGUGUGCCGAGCAGGUUACUUCCCUGUGAAGCUGGAGGCGCUGCCCGAGGGCACUUGCAUCCACGCCCGCGUCCCGGUGUACCAGAUCACCGCCACCGGCGAGUACAGUCCCCUCUGCACCUUUUUGGAGACGUUGCUGACCAUGAUCUGGUACCCCACCACCGUGGCGACCCUGUCACGGAAGGCGCGGGAUGUGGUAGAGGUGUCCUUCGGACGCACCAGCGACGGCGGCCCCACCAGCAGGCUGGUGGAGAGCAGGCUGGUGGAUUUCGGGUUUCGGGGCUGCACGUCCGUGGAGCAGUCCAUCAUUGGCGGCUGUGCGCACCUCCUCAGCUUCAACUCCUCGGAUACCAUGUCCGCAGCGUUUUAUGCACAGUUCAAGCUGAAUGGUGGGCGACCCGUGGGUCAGUCCAUUCCCGCCACGGAGCACAGCGUCAUGACGUCAUGGCCCACUGAAGCGGCUGCGAUGACCAACAUGAUUGACAACUUUGGCACUGGGAUAUACGCUUGCGUCAUGGACAGCUACGACUAUUGCAAGGCUCUGUCCGAGGUCCUUCCUUCCGUGGCCGCACACAAGGUGUCGCGAGGGGGGUACCUGGUGCUGAGACCUGACAGCGGCGACCCCACGGAGGCCGUGCUGAUGGCCCUAAACGCCGCUGACAAGGUGUUCGGCAGUGUCCGCAACAGCAAGGGCUUCCGGGUCAUCCAGGGCUGUGGGGUAAUUCAGGGGGACGGUAUCGACCUGACGACUAUGGAGAAGAUAUCGGUGGCUAUCGAAGAGGCUGGCUUUGCGGCUGACAAUGUGUCGUACGGCAUGGGCGGCGGCCUGCUCCAAAAGGUCAACCGGGACACCAUGUCCUUCGCCACCAAGCUGUGUCACAUCGUGUAUGAGGACGGCCGGCCCGCGGACAUCAUGAAGCAGCCGCAGACGGACACGGGCAAAUUCUCCCUUCCUGGUAUCCUGGCAGUCAAACGAGUGAAUGGCGUCCCCACGGUUUUCCCCGCCGACACGGCCGAAGUUGCACCCCAUGAGAACUUGCUGCGGGUUGUGUACGACAAAGGCCCGUUGGAGGGGGUGUGGGACGACUUUGACACGGUGCGCGCGCGCGUGGCGGCGGAGUGGAUGGCAUUGCCUCGCAGCGCCGACAACAUCAGCAGUUCGUUGAGGGAGAAAGUGCGGCAACAGAUGGCGCUGAGGGGCAAGGUGCCGGCAAUCGCGCGCUGA